AUGGGUGCCCUAGCCAUGCAAAGCCCCCACGGGGUUUCCGUUCUAGCUACAAAAUUGCAAUUUAUCUAUAGAGGAAUUUUAUUUGCUACAGCUGCUGGGGAGACUAUUUGGGCUAUUGUCAGCAACAUUGUGGAUGAUGUGAGAGACUUGCUCAUGCGGUUUUCUUUAAAGGAAGUCCAAAUUCGACAUAGGGAGUGUAACAAAGUGGUUCGUGCUAUUGCUCGUUUUGCUUUACACGAAGAAGGUCCUUAUUGUUAG